AUGAUGCUGCUGCAGUGCGGGAUUCCCCUGAAGCCAGAGGACGAGAGAGAGGACGAGAGAGAGGACGAGAGAGAGGAGGAGAGAGAGGAGGAGAGAGAGGAGGAGAGAGAGGACGAUGUCAUCAUCAUCAUCAUCAUCAAUAUGGACAUCGACAUCAUCAUCAAUAUGGACAUCAUCAUCAUCCUCAUCAUCAUCAUCAUCAUCAUCAUCACCAUCCUCCUCAUCAUCCUCAUCAUCAUCAUCAUCCUCAUCAUCCUCAUCCUCAUCAUCCUCAUCCUCAUCAUCAUCCUCAUCAUCAUCAUCAUCCUCCUCAUCCUCAUCAUCAUCAUCAUCAUCAUCAUCUUAAUAUGGGCAUAA